UACAGCCGUAAAGCACUUCAGCGUUGAGGAUGUUGUAGAGUUGUAGCUAACAGUAAACAGAGAUUAUCUAAUAAAGACAGUAAUUUAAGCGGAGGCAUUUUAUGUGACAUUUUAGUGGUUCGGUAACGAUUAAUUACAAUGGCGGAAAAGUUCGAUAACCUCGAAGAACACCUGGAGAAGUUUAUCGAGAAUAUUCGACAGCUGGGAAUCAUCGUGAGCGACUUUCAGCCUAGCAGCCAGGCAGGACUCAACCAAAAACUAAAUUUCAUGAUAUCUGGGCUCCAGGACAUCGAGAAGUGCCGUCAGCAGCUUCAUGAGAUCAACGUACCCCUGGAGGUCUUUGAAUACAUUGACCAAGGUCGGAACCCUCAGCUGUACACAAAGGAGUGUCUGGAGAGAGCCUUGGCGAGGAACGAGCAGGUCAAAGGGAAGAUAGACACUUUGACGAAGUUCAAGAGCCUUUUGGUUUCCGAGCUCAGCAAGGUUUUUCCAGAGGAGAUGGCCAAGUAUAAGGCUAUACAUGGAGAAGAUGCCCCCUCCUAGUGACUACUGUACCAUGCCAACCCCCUCCUCCGACCUCCGACCUGUGACUGUUGAGAUGAAAAGCCGGAGUGAAGAUUUGCCAUGCAGGAUGUGGCUGCCCGCAUGAAUGCUAAUUGUUACUUUAUGUAUGAUGUGAUGCUGUCACCGAUCCCGAAGGAGAGGGUGUAAUUUUUGCUCGGCACCUUGAUUCAGCCAUUCCCCGUCCUUUCCUUACAUUUAAACUUCACGUUACAAAUCAAAGGCAAGGGGAAAAGAAUCAGUUGCUGCAAAGGUACACAUUUAUUCUCUAGCCUAAUAUUUUUCCAGGAAAAAUAAACACACUUCCAAACCUCCUGCCUGACUCUGCUUUAGGGAAUUUAACCCAUCAGAUGUACAUACAGUCUAUUUAUACUCCAACUCUCUAUGUUUUACAAGCAUCCUAAACAUUGUUCAACAUCUCUUUGUACCACACACAGUUCAUGAUGAUUUGUAUUAAGCUCAGGUUUCUACUGGCCGUGAUAACGGAAUGCAAAUGCAAGGUAAUUCUAUGCCUGAUCACUUAGGAUGGUCAGAAAUGAGUCUGCUCUGUAUUUGUAACUUUGUAUAAUAACAUUUGUAAAUAAAUGAUCCUUUUGGAUUUUUCGUCUUUUGUCUG